AUGCAAAAAACAAAAAUUAAUAAUGUUUAUUUUACAAAUACUGAAAAUUGGUAUUGUAGUUGUUUAGGGUUUUUAAAAAACUGGUUUAUGCUAUGCAAACAUUUAGUCCAAGCUUCUACGUUCGAUAUUAAUCCAUCUUUUUUUUAUUGUAUUAAACGACAAGAAGUUUAUCCUUUCAUAUAUCUCACUUAUGAGAAGAUUUUAAAUAAUUUGAAAGAAAAUUCGAAAGAAGAUUUAAUACAAAAUUCAAUAGAAAAUUUAUUGGAUAGUUCGCAGCAAG